CUAUCCACCGAGCCAAACCGGCUAGGGCCCCAGCCUUGCCCAGGACACGCUGGCGCUGCCGCCAUGCACGCCACCAUGGGCCGCCUGCUGUUCCUGGUCCUGCUGCUCCCGCUGCCCUGCGUCCCCGGCCUGCCCUUCUACAACGGCUUCUACUACUCCAACAGUGCCCACGGCUGGGACCCGGGCCUCAGUGGAGGCCUCUUCAAGGGCGUGACGCUGGUGGUGGAGACGCCCGAGGACGCCCUCCUGUCCCACCGGGGGGCCAACGUGACCCUGCCCUGCCGGUACCACUACGAGCCGGCCCUGGCCUCCCACAGGCCCGUGCGCAUCAAGUGGUGGAAGCUGUCGGAGAACGGGGCCCCGGAGCAGGACGUGCUGGUGGCCGUCGGGCCGAGGCACCGUUCCUUCGGGGACUACCGGGGCCGCGUGCACCUGCGGCCCGAGGGGGAGCGGGACGUGUCGCUGGAGAUCCGGGACUUGCGGCUGGAGGACUCGGGGCACUACCGCUGUGAGGUCAUCGACGGGCUGGAGGACGAGGACGGCGUGCCCGGGGUCCGAAGCUUCGGCUUCCCAGACCCGCAGAGCCGCAAGUAUGGCGUCUACUGUUACCGUCCUCCUCGCUAG